GAUCUCAGUGGAGUUUUUGAUAUAAGUAAAGAGGUACAGCAAAAAUCUCAUCAAUUUCUAAUUAUUCAUUGAAAAUGUCGCUAAAAUUAUACUUUGAUUUAAUGUCACAGCCCUCUAGGGCCCUUUUUAUUAUGCUUAAAAAGUACAACAUUCCAUUUCAAGAAUGUUUGGUGAAUUUAGGAAAAGGUGAGCAUAUGACGGAUGAGUACAGUAAUGAAGUAUCCAGAUUUCAAAAAGUACCUGUUAUUAAAGAUGGGGAUUUUAUUUUAACUGAGAGCAUUGCAAUUUUGCGUUAUUUACAACGUGAAAAAGGAUUACCAGAGCAUAUUUACCCAAGUACUAGUAAAGAACAAGCAAGAGUUGAUGAAUUUUUAGAAUGGCAACACAAUAAUCUUAGAUUGUUUUGUGCUUCUUAUUUCCAAUUCAAAUUCUUAUUACCAAGAACAGCUGGUAUUCAAAUGGAUGAAGGAAUUGUAAAUCUUUAUACAACAAAAAUGGAAGAGACUUUAGAUAAUAUGGAAAAAUUAUGGAUACAAAAUAAGGCGUUCAUUAAUGGAGAUAAAAUUUCUGCUGCUGAUAUUUGGGCUAUUUGCGAAAUUGAACAACCAAGAAUGGCUGGUUAUAAUCCAAGAGAAGGGAGGCCAAUUUUAAAUGCUUGGAUGGAUAGAGUUCAAGCUACAUUAAACCCUUAUUUCGAUGAAGCUCAUAAAAUUGUAAAUAAGAUUGUUAGUAAAAGCAAAGCCAAGUUGUAAUUUUUUUAGUUAAUUGAAUUGUUAUCAAUAUUAAUGUUAUAAAUACAUUAACUAAAGUUUUUA